AUGAUUGAUGAGCCCUCCAUCUUAAACCCUACAUGUACUGUCAUUCAGCAACCAACAGUUGAAAUUGAACCUGGACUACAGACGCCUAGCCGGGACAAACGCAAAGCUCCAAUAGAUUUUGAAGACGAAAUUCUUGGCCGAACUCCCAAGAAGGUUUCGUUUGGCCCAGCACUAAGUCCUGAGAUCUUUGAUGAAACAAAUCCGCCCAGCACACCUAUCAAACGUGGUGAGCAACAAGGUACAGAAACACCGCGACGUCAAGGAAUUUCUACACCAUCUCUUCUCUCUAGACUCAGCGCUGUUACUCCAUCGGCAAAGCCAAUUCUGACGCCUACUCGAGCAGGUGGUCGUAUCGCAAAUUGGGCGGGACUCGUAAAGCCUGCACCGUUGAAUCUUUUGGCUGACAUCAAUCAGGAAAGAGAAGAGGAAGCAACCGGAUCGACUGAUGGAGCACGGAUACAAACUAAAGCACAAGGAAUGGGAUAUACGAACAACUUGGAAGUCUUCGAUGAAGACCAUAGUGCCAAUCAUUCAGGAAAUGAUGGUAGGGACAAGAUAGUCAAGGAUCAUGAUAAAGAGCCUAUGCUUCUCCAAGAAUUACAGGAUACGAUAGAUGGAGUAGAUGAAAUGUAUUUACAGCUUACUGAGCAAGUAGAAGAGGGUGAUGACGAUAUAAGUCCCCCUCCAUCACCGACAAGGACCCCCAUCGGAAGAGCAUCAACGCCACUUUUAUCUACGUCACUGAGUCGACCAAGGCGUCUCUCGUUUGGCAUGUAUCAACAGGAAGAUUUGCAUCAGACCAACAAGCUCAGUUCCCCGACAUUUGUAUCAGGAAAUGAAAGUGACCUUAUUGAGCAAGCAAUACAUGGAGAGGAGAGAGAGCCCUCAAUAACAGAUGUCGCUAUUCAACUUGAUGGCUCGAAAGACAAUGCUUCAUUUGUUGAUACUACUGGCGAGGCUCAGAUUCAAUUGAAACUUUCGUCAUCGUCUUACUCUACGCCACCACGCCGCACGGCUACGACGAUGGAUAAAACACCUGUACAUACUCCAGUCCAGUAUCGCUCGCCUGCCAACCUUCAGCAAAAUGAUAGCGCGUCCCGUCGAUCUACACCAGGCUCUGCCUCACGAUUAGCACUCUUACAGCUCUCGACCCAAAAAAUCCGAGGACUACCGGAGUUGCUUCAGUCACCCAGUUCCACAACUUUAGAGCAAUAUCUGGCCUUAUGA